AUGGAACGUGUAUUAGAAGAAAUAUUUGGCGACGUCUUGCUUCCACGUCUUUAUCCACAAAGUUUCGUCGCUAAAACGGAUAUAAAUAAAACACGAGGUAUUCUUUUACAUGGACCACCCGGCACUGGAAAAAGUCUCAUUGCUCGAACUGUGUGUGAUAUAUUAAAAGUAAAUCCGAAAGUAAUACGUGGUCCAGAAAUCUUUUUAUCCAUGCUGGGUCAAUCAGAACAAAAUAUUCGAGAUUUGUUUGAAGAAGCUCGUCAAGAUCAACGAAACUUUGGUUCCAACAGUAAAUUACACGUGAUUGUAUUCGACGAAAUCGACGCUGUGUGCAAAAAUCGAACACAGAAUAGUUCAGUACGCGAUACCGUGCAUGAUAAUGUUACUGCUCAGCUCCUGGCUGAGAUCGAUGGAAUGAUUUAUCUUGACAAUAUUCUCUUAAUCGGCACAACAAAUAUUCUCGAAGCAAUCGAUCCAGCACUGCUUCGUCCAGGACGUAUGGAGAAAGUUAUUAAGAUUGAGUUACCAGAUGCAGCUGCUCGCUCUGCUAUUUUUGAUAUCCAUACAAAAGCACUUAUCCGUAAUGCAGCACUUAAUGAAGACGUCGACAUCAACCACAUCAUUCGCCGUACCCAAGCAAUGACCGGAGCACAUGUAGAACAAAUUGCUCGAUUGGCAGUUCAGGCUGCUAUGCGACGAGACAUUUUAAAGCCAGAUAAAUUCGAUAUUACCGAAGAAGAGGCCGAAGCCCUUGAAGUUUGUCAUCGAGAUUUCAUCGAAGCUUUAUCCAAAAUAACCAUAUGAUUUUUAAAGAAGUAAAAAAAAAUUAAAAUUAUCAUUAUAAACUGCUAUUUUUGCAUGAUCACAAAAAACAGAAUUCAUUUUACACAUUGUACUUUGUUCGAUUGCUUCUAUAGAAAUAGUUUGCAAAUUUUAAAUCUACUAUCAUAAAUGUUUUAAAUAAAAUUGCUUUUAGAGUAAUUUUUAGUCG